AUGGACACACGAGAAAAACACCAACGGAAGAUCAAAGCCAUUAAGCAGCUGUACAAACCGCCGACGGUAGAGGAAAUCAAUCGGUUGAAGGAAACGGAAUAUUUCUACCACUUGAAUCUGUUCCGGCUGCAGGUGGAAGAGAUGCUAAGCGAGGUGAAGGAUCGCGUCAAGCGGUUGGGUUCCAAACUCAAGGAACUACUCAUCCUUCCCAUUUAUGCCAAUCUGCCGUCGGACAUGCAGGCGAAAAUUUUCGAUCCAACUCCAUCGAACACCCGGAAAGUCGUACUGGCCACCAACAUCGCCGAGACAUCACUAACCAUCGAUAACAUAAUGUACGUGAUCGAUCCGGGCUUUGCAAAGCAAAAUAAUUUUAACUCCAGAACCGGGAUGGAGACCCUGAUGGUCGUGCCCAUAUCGAAAGCAUCUGCCAAUCAACGUGCAGGUCGAGCAGGGCGCGUUGCCCCUGGCAAGUGCUUUCGUCUGUACACAGCCUGGGCAUACAAACACGAGCUGGAAGACAACACCGUCCCGGAAAUUCAGCGCAUAAACCUGGGCAAUGCCGUGCUAAUGCUCAAAGCUCUUGGAAUCAACGAUUUGCUUCAUUUCGAUUUCCUCGAUCCUCCACCACAUGAAACGUUGGUUUUGGCAUUGGAGCAACUUUACGCCCUAGGGGCAUUGAAUCACCACGGUGAACUGACCAAACUUGGACGACGGAUGGCGGAAUUUCCGGUCGAUCCCAUGAUGGUAAAAAUGCUGCUUGCUAGUGAAAAGUACAAAUGUUCCGAGGAGGUGGUGGCCAUCGCUGCAAUGCUAUCGGUGAAUGGAGCCAUCUUCUACCGACCGAAAGAUAAAAUCAUCCACGCAGAUACGGCCCGGAAGAACUUCAACCACAUGCACGGGGACCACUUGAGUUUGCUGCAGGUCUACAACCAAUGGGCCGACUCGGACUACAGCACUCAGUGGUGUUACGAAAAUUUCAUUCAGUUCCGUUCGAUGAAACGAGCUCGCGAUGUCCGGGAGCAGCUGGUUGGGUUAAUGCAGCGAGUCGAAAUCGAAAUGGUUUCCAGUCUGCCGGAAACGACCAACAUCCGGAAGGCUAUUACAGCCGGGGGGGGUCACUACAAAACGGCCAAGCACAAUCAGACGGUGAUGAUCCAUCCGAAUUCGGCACUGUUCGAAGAACUGCCUCGUUGGGUGCUGUACCACGAGCUGGUGUUUACGACGAAGGAGUACAUGCGGUCGGUGAUUGAAAUCGAAAGCAAGUGGCUGCUGGAGGCGGCACCGCAUUACUACAAACCGAAGGAGCUCGAGGAUUCCACCAAUAAAAAGAUGCCGAAAACGAUCGGUCGGGCCACGCUGACCGAGGCGUAG